AUGCACCGAGGCGGGCCGGGACCAGGCCUCAGAGGCCUGAAGGGGGCCGAGGGCCCCGCCGAGGACUUGGGGGGCUCUUGCCUGGAGGCCGGCAGGGAUUUUGGGGUGCUGAAGGAGAACGGCGAGGCCGAGGAGGCGGCGAGCGGCAGGAAACGCGCCCGGCCGGCGCGCUCCAAGGCGCGGCGCAUGGCGGCCAACGUGCGGGAGCGCAAGCGCAUCCUGGACUACAACGAGGCCUUCAACGCGCUGCGCAGGGCGCUGCGGCACGACCUGGGCGGCAAGAGGCUCUCUAAGAUCGCCACGCUGCGCAGGGCCAUCCACCGCAUCGCGGCGCUCUCCCUAGUCCUGCGCGCCAGCCCCGCGCCCCGCUGGCACUGCGGGCACCUGGAAUGCCACGGCCAGGCCGCGCGUGCCGGGGGCGGCGGGGACGCGGGCUCCAGCCCGCCGCCGCCCGCCCCGCCGCCCGCCGGCCCCUUCGCGCCGCGCUGCGCCUCGUGUUCCCCGCACACGCACCCGGGACGGCCCAGGGCGGUGGCCGAGGCUCAGGGCGCGGCCCAGGCGUCCGCGGGAAGCUGGCGCCGCGGUCCUGGGGCUCCCUUGGCCUGGCCGCGGGGCCACCCGCGAGCGGGCCCCGGGUUGGGCUUCCAGCACUCCUGACUGGCUCCAGAGAGACCCGGUGGGCCUGGAGGGAGGCCGGCCAAGGAGGAGCCAACGACAGGAUGACUACUAAAGGGAAGACUGCAAAAAACCGUCCUGGACCAAGAAAAACUGAAUGGCUGAGGCCAGAGAGAGAGAGAGAGAGGAGGCAGCCUUGCCAGUAGGAAGGAACUGAGCCCAAGGCUGCUCUCCCCAGCACCUCCCUCCUCAGCCUGAAGCCCAACCAGGGAUGGCAACUCCAGGAAAGGAGCAGGAUCCUGCUGGGUUCUUUUUUAUGUUUGGACUUGAUGAACUCUUCUCAGAAAGUGAUCUUUGCGUUCCUGUGCC